AUGCAACCUCCGAUUUGUAACCCUAAGCCUCAGAAUCACCACCUCGAAUUUCUGAAACCUCUUCUCAAUGACUCAGUCAAGCAGUUCUUAUUCCAGUAUCGUAACGGAAGAAGCCAUUUCUCCGAUUUUGAUUCCAUCUUCACUCGUGUCCUUCACGAUCUCUCCGACCCACCACCUCUCGAGCUCCUCUGGUUCUAUUCCGCGAUCAGAUUCCACUCAUCGAAGCUUGAUUUUGAAGACGAUUCCGUUAGGUUAACUUCGAGUUUCUUCCAGUUGUUAGUUUCUUUGUCUGAUUCAUUCUCAGGCGUAAAGAGGAUAGCUCUGUUAUCUCCCGUUGUUUACCAGCUGAGUCGUUUGGUUCAUACUAAGAGGAGUGAUGCUUCGAGAUUGUUAGAUGGGAUUGUAAGUUAUAUUAGCAUGUAUUGCUGUGUCGAUGAACAAUAUGGGAGUGAAGAUGAUUUGGUAAUGGUUUCUGGGUUUAGUUUUGCUGAUUUGAUUCGUGUUUGGGUUGUUGAUGAAGUUGAUGAGGAUUGUAGAGUGGAGGAUUGUUUGGAGAUCUUCAUGCCUUUUGUUAGUGAAAGAUUGAGUAAAGAGAUGAUGAAUUCUGAGUCAUGUAGUGUUGGUUACUUAGCUGGAAUCGUAGCUUCUCAGGUUUUCUUGCUCAGUUUAUGCGUGAGAUUUGAUUCGGAGUUCAGUAGAUCUGAUUCCGAGAUAGAAAAAGAUCUUCGGGAAUAUGUGCUUCAGAUGAUUUCUGGGUUCCAGAGUUGCUACUUUUUUGAUGUCAUUCUCAAGAUGCUGCUGCUGGAACCAUAUCAGCAACUAAGUUCACUACUGGGUCCAGGAGAUGAAGCUACUUUAACGGAAAUCAUAAGAGAAGCUGUGAUUCAAUCGGCUGAGAAGCUAUUCCUCAACCCUGAAAAUGGAACUUCACAGAGAAGUUUACACUUGAAGAACAUCGCUGUUAACUGGUUAUUUCUUUUUGACAAUGCUAUGGCUUCUCUAAGGAGAAACAAAGAUCAAGAUGAGGAAACUAGCAGGUACAUGAACAUGUUCUCCACUUCGCGUAUUCCUUAUCACUUGAUCAAUUGGGUAAUAAGUCAAGGUGAAGUGAUUAGAGAUGCAGAAACACUGUUAGGCUUGACGCCCGCAUCUUUCAUCGAAUGGCUUGUAUCACUUGAAGAUCAAGGAGUAAGGGUUUUCGACUGUGACCAUUCCAAGAACUAUGCCAAAGCUGUGAUUCACAGAUCAAGAUCAGAUUUCAGUCUCGAAGCCACAUUGCUGAAACAACAAGAGGAGUUUGGUCAAGAUGCAGACAUGGCUGAUGAUCACAUUGCGUCAUCUAUCUCAAUCCUCAGAAGCAGCAGUACAAGAAAGCGUAAAGAAGCGAGGCAUAAUAAGGAGGGAGAAACGAAAGUGAAGUUCUUCAAACGUAGACACGGCAACCUUCAAGAGAACUCCAUUUUUCAACCUUUUGUCUUCGCCGGUAGUUUGGUGAAUGGGACUGAGGUUGAAGUUUCAGACAUGGAGCUAUGA